CCCUAUUUCCUACUAACUUCCCCGGAUUUGCAGCAUUGCAGUCAAUCGUCAACACUAUAUUUGCUCAAGACGCCAUUAAUAUAACUCAGUUCAAUCAACAUAUGGGUUUUGAUUAUAACGGAGCGUAUGUAUCAUAUAUAGUAUGUAUAACAUUCCGUGGAGUUCUGUUGUGCAAGCCAUCUAGAGACAAUGGCCUGUCGGUUGCUGCCACUGCUACUUGUUGCAUUUGUCUGUCUCUGUUCAAAUCAGGAGGCUUUUGCCAAGAAGAAUUUAUGGAAAACUCUUAGUGGUGAAGCGCCACUGGUCAUAGCUCGUGGUGGAUUGUCAGGCCUUUUUCCAGACUAUGUUAAAAUUGCUUACGAAUUUGCAAUCAAUAACAGCUUAUAUGAGGCUGUUAUGUUCUGUGACUUGCAGUUAACAAAAGAUGGACAAGGCAUAUGCCGAACAAAUUUAGACUUGGAGAACAGUACAAACAUUCAAUUAGCAUACCCAAACCGGAAUAGUACUUAUCUUGUCAAUGGGAAAAACAUCAGUGGAUAUUUUUCCAUUGACUUCACUGCAGAUGAGCUCUUCAACAAUGUUUCAGCGAUUCAAUCAUACCCGACUCGCACUCAUAGCUUGGACCAAAUUAAUGCACCGUUUUCACCAGAAGAAUUCUCUGGAGUUGGUCAAUCUUCCAUUUGGUUGAACGUACAGUACUCAAAUUUUUUCGAUGAACACAAACUGAGCAUGGCAUCGUAUAUGGAGUCCUUAUCAAAGCGUAUGACCUUGAAUUACAUCUCUUCAACUGAAGUUGGGUUUUUGAGAGCCAUAGCACCAAAAUAUAGAAGCAAGACAAAGUUGAUCCUCAGAUUCAUGAACAAAGAAGAUAUUGACCCUUCAAUAAACGAAACAUAUGGUUCCAUGCUAAGAGAUUUAACAUCUUUGAAGGAAUUUGCCUCUGGGAUCCUGGUUCCGAAGAGCUACAUAUGGCCACUUGACCCGCAGCGGUAUUUACAAGCUCCUACAGAUCUUGUUAAAGAUGCACAUGCUGUAGGGCUGGAAAUUUUCGCUUCUGAUUUUAACAAUGAUGGAUAUGAUAUGAGCUACAAUUAUAGCUAUGAUCCAAUACGAGAGUACUUACAGUUUGUGGACAACAAGAAUUUCGCUGUGGAUGGCUUUCUAACAGAUUUUUCAGUAACAGCAUCAGAAGCAAUAGCUUGCUAUGCUCACAACAAUGCCAGUCGUUCUCCUGAGGCAGGAAACCCGUUAAUUAUUUCCCACAAUGGAGCAAGUGGUGACUACCCAGGUUGUACCGAUGUUGCAUAUCAGGCUGCUAUAAGAGAUGGUGUUGACUAUAUUGAUUGCAGUGUCCAAAUAACAAGAGAUGGCAUAGCAUUUUGUAGGGAAUCACCGGACCUUUUUGUGGGGACAACUAUAGCAUCAAACUCUGCAUUUUAUCCUUCUCGUAUGAAAACAAUUCCAACCAUCAAGAAUGAUCAAGGCAUCUUCACAUUUGAUCUCACAUGGAAGGAAAUUCAAAGCUUGACAGUGAACAUAUAUAAUAAAUAUGAGAAAGAUUAUCAGCUUUAUCGAAAUCCUGCAGCAGCUAAUGUUGGGAAAUACAUGAACUUGACUGCUUUUCUCGAAUUCGCAAUACAAGUCAACAUUAGUGUUCUUAUCAGCAUUGAGAAUGCGCGGGCAAUAAUAUCAGAACGGAACCUUGAUGUCACAAAUGCCACUCUUUCUGCUUUAAAUCAAACUGGAUAUAAUAAAAUAUCAGACAGGAUCAUGAUACAAUCUGAUGACAGUGCUGUGCUCCUCCAGUUUAAGCAAAGAACGAACUUUAAGCUUAUUUAUAAAGUACUUGAAGCUGAUGUCACUGUCUCUAGUUCUGCCAUCGAGGAGAUCAGAAAAUUUGCCAACACAGUAGCACUGCCGAGGAGUAGUUUAUUCCGGCUUGCAAACAACUACUUUCUGUUAGCUGCUCCAGACGUUGUCAAGCGCUUUCACAAUCAUAAUAUUUCAGUUUUCGUCUACACUCUGAGAAAUGAAUUCCCUUCUUUAGCCUUUGAUUUUCUCGCAGAUCCAACAAUGGAAAUCAACUCUUUUGUACAAGUCGCCAAAGUAGAUGGGCUUGUCACUGACUUCCCAGCAACAGCAAAAGCAUAUUUAGGAAAUAAAUGUCUCCAUCCUCGGACAGAAGAUGAUUACCUCAUGUUUCUUGUCGAUCCUGGAGUAGAUUUGUCAAACCUACAACCAGAGAACUUCGGACCUGCUAUUGCCCCAGAACCAUCUCUUUCAUCAGUAACGAACUCUCCAUUGCCAUCAUUGAAGGAAGCUCUUGCUCCUGGGCCAGAUUCUAAAUCACCUUCCACUUCGCCUGAUCCCAGAAAAAAUAGCAGCAAUCGUUGUUCAGGGCGAUCUCUGUUUGUAUCUCUUAUGAUAGCAGUCUUAUUAUUCUUGAAUUCUCACUGAAGGAUAUUUGUAAUAUAUUUGAUUUAUAUAUACAAUUUAUAAGUGCUAGUAUAUUGAUUUAGCCAAA